CCGUUGGCCGCUCGUUCGUCUCGCAUCUUUCUCAUCUGUUAUAACCCAGCUGUGUGAACAUACAACUCUUUCUCUUCCACCUCACACACCACAUACCCACCGGGCCUAGUCUAGUCUCUGACAGCAGGCCCUGUCCGUCGCCAAGAUGAUGACGCCAAUGCGGUAUGUUUUACUCGUGCUGGCCAUAAUUAUUAGUUUGCAUUACAUUCUGAGCUUCUCGCAUGAGGGAUAUGGCAGAGCGACCUCUCUUUCCCACAUAGCUGGCCAGCUGCACUUCGGCCAAAAGGGCGAACCUCCUUACAAGACACCUGUACCUGAAGAAUACAUUCACCCACCUAAGCCUGCGGACCCGCUCACGAGAAAAGCAAAUGCGACUUUCGUCGUCCUUGCUCGCAACAGUGAUAUUCAAGGUGUUAUCAGUAGCAUGAAACAGGCAGAAGACCGAUUCAAUAAAGAGUUCAAUUAUCCUUGGGUUUUCUUAAAUGAAGAACCGUUCGAUGAUGAAUUCAAGAAGCGAACAAGGGAGAUAACAGACGCUGAAAUCCACUACGGCCAGAUACCCAGUGAACACUGGUACCAACCUGAUUGGAUCGACGAUGAAAAGGCGAGACAGGCGCGCGAAAGGAUGCAAAAAGACAACGUCAUCUAUGGUGGAAGUCUCCCGUACCGCAAUAUGUGCCGGUUCAACUCUGGCUUCUUCUAUCGGCACGAGCUAUUGCAGAAUUAUCGAUACUACUGGCGAGUAGAACCUAACGUCCAAUUCUUUUGCGAUCUCCACUACGACCCGUUCCUGAUCAUGGAAGACGAGAAGAAAGUAUACGGAUUCACAGUCUCGCUAUACGAAUACCCAAAGACUAUCCCGACUCUCUGGGACGAAGUUAAGAACUUCUUGAAUGAGAACCCGGGAUUGAUGCCAGAAGACAAUGCGAUGAACUUCAUCUCAGACGAUGGAGGAGAGACGUUUAAUAAAUGCCAUUUCUGGAGCAACUUCGAAAUCGGCGACCUAGACUUCUGGCGCAGCGAAGCCUACACCAAGUUCUUCGACUAUCUAGACCAAAAAGGUGGAUUCUACUACGAACGAUGGGGUGACGCGCCCGUCCACUCUAUCGGUGCCGCUCUAUUCGCAUCUAAAGAUCAAAUUCACUUUUUUAAUGAUAUUGGAUACCGACAUGAGCCGUUCCAGCAUUGUCCGCAGGGAGAGGCACAUGAGAGGGGGAAGUGUUGGUGUAAUGAGAAGGAGAACUUUGAUUAUGAAUGGUAUUCGUGUCUGAAGCGAUAUGAUGCUCUCUUUAACUAGUCCUCCUUGCUUUCAUACAUGCUCCCCUCCCCCUCCCCUCUUCGCAACAUAUAGGUAGCUAGCUAUACAGGCCCUCUGUUGCCCACUUUUCCGUUGUUAGUCAUACUUGCAUCUUGUCACUUGUUCGACCCAUAUCCAUUGGACUUAUUUAUACUAUUUUGAAUUCACUCUGGACUAAACCGGAUUGGAGUGCCGAUGCUUUGGAUAUGAAAAGGUUUCCUGCCUUACUCGAUACUCAAUAUUAUACAUCGGCAUUUU